AUGGGUGACUUGAAGCACAAAGACAGAGAGGGAUCUCUGCAUGUGUCCUCGGACCAAGAAGCGGCGGACUCAGCUGCAGCAGCAGAAGCGGAAGGGGAUGCGCCCCUGUCCCCUGCGCUGUCGCCGGGCCCUGAUGGGAAGCCGAGGAGGAGGAGUGGGGCGAUGGGGUUCAUGAGCAAGGUGGGGCAGAUUGGCAGGAAUGUCAAGUCGGGCAUUGAGGGCAGCCUGACCUGUCGGCACACCACCGAGGCAGGGUCAGUAGACGUGUCUAUUUUUAAAAUUGAUGACGGUUACUAUGGCCAGCCACCACCUCCUCUCUCAAGCUAUGGACCACAGUCAGGAGGGUACUCUUCAUAUCCACCUCAAGGUUACCCCCCUCAAGGCUACUCUCCGCAAGGCUAUCCACCCCAGGGCUACCCUCCUCCUCCCCCUCCUGGUGCUGUGGUGGUCACUGAACGAAGAGGGAAUGCUUGCGACGACUUCUAUGCUGGCCUCCUCGCAUGUCUUUGUUGCUGCUGCAUGAUGGACGCCUUGACUUGA